GCGCGGCAGGACGUGCGUCCCCGCUGCCCAAUAACCAGGCUCGGAAAGCGGUCGGUUUCCUGGGGAUGGGAAGAGCCCGGUUGCUCCCUCGGCUGCGCGCUGGCUCCGCGUAGCCGGGCGGGCGGCGCGGGGGAUGUGCCGGGACCCUGCGCGGGGCGGCGGGUCAGUGCGAGGGCGGCGGCGCAGGGAGGCCCGGGCCCCUGCGCCAAAUUUAGCACUCGGGAGUCUCUAUUUCGCUGAAAAAUAGCAAAACAAGCACUCCAGUUAAGGGAAUGUUCUUGCUUGACUUUAUUUGCGCUUUUAAAUCUGCAUAGAUUACCCGAACUAAGAAUGCACCGACGGUUGUUGCUGGCAGUGCAAGACCUCCUUUCAAGGCUGUUUAAAUGAGAAUGUCCCUGGCACAGAGAGUACUACUGACCUGGCUUUUUACAUUACUCUUCCUGAUCAUGCUGGUGCUAAAACUGGAUGAGAAAGCACCAUGGAACUGGUUCCUCAUUUUUAUUCCAGUCUGGAUAUUUGAUACUAUUCUUCUAGUUAUGUUAAUUGUGAAAAUGGCUGGACGUUGCAAGUCUGGCUUCGACCCUCGCAAUGGCUCCCAAAACAUCAAGAAGAAAGCCUGGUAUCUCAUUGCAAUGCUACUUAAAUUAGCUUUCUGCCUUGCCCUCUGUGCUAAACUGCAGCGAUUUACUACGAUGAAACUAGCCUAUGUAUUUAUCCCUUUGUGGGCCUUGCUUAUUGGGGGUAUGGUGGAACUUGGAUACAAUAUCUUCUAUGUACGAAGAGACUAAGCUAUACUAUGGUGUUUUCAACACUGAUAUUGAUACCAAAUUACUGGAUUAUUAUAGUUUUGCCACAAACUUGACUUCCAAAUUAGAAAGCCAAAUAAGGAAACAAUCAAG